CGUGACAAGAUUUCUGUGACCUUUCACAUUUCUGUUGUCUGUUACCAAAAUGUUACUAGCAUGGUGUAUAUCCAAAACAAGCUCCCUGCUCACACAACCUUUGGGUAAGCGACUCUACAAUACAACGGUACAAUUACCAAGAACUGCUGGUCAGACAUUGCCAAAGAUCCAAAUCGAACAGAAGCAUGCCAUAUCCCGUCGCAAAUUUACACCGGAAGAGGACAAGAAAUUACUACAGUUGUACUCAAAGUAUCCAAGGCAAUGGUCGCGCAUCGCCUCAGAAUUCGACCACCGUGCGCCGCCUGCUAUACUUAAUCGAUACAAGGCAAUCACCGCGAAAGACGUUUUCUAUGGACCAUAUCAGAAAAAGGAGAUUGAAGCUCUGAGGAACUUGGUGGAGAAAUACGGCGAAAACGAUUGGGUUAAAGUAGCAGCAGAGAUGCCACGGAAACGUGAUCCACUGACGGUUCGUCGAACUUGGAUGGAGGCAUUGGACCCACAACACAAACGCGGUGCAUGGUCAAAAAUUGAAGAUGAAAAGCUCAUGGAAGCUAUACCAAGGUUCCACAAAGAAGGCAACUUGGUGGACUGGUCAGCAGUAGCUGAUGCUGUAAAAACCCGAAAUCGAAAACAAUGCUAUGAAAGAUUUAUGUACCAAUUGAAUCCUUCACACACUCGAGGUUUGUAUUCUUGACGCAAAAGUGCCAUGUCCUAAAUGGAUAGACUUACUCAAGGAAAUUCUUUUUUUUUUUUUUUUGGUAGGUCGAUAUACGCCGAUCGAGGAUGCAAAGAUUCUCACUGCAGUACAGAAGUUUGGAGAUAAGAAUUGGCUGAAGA